AUGGCUCAUCUUCUACGGAAGGUCAAAUCGACCUUUCACGCCAGGGUCUACAAUGACAGCAAGGACACAAUUGCCUAUGAGGGACAAGCGAAGACUCGGCCUUGGAUUGGCGCCGAUGCUCAUGCUGUUGCUCAUGCUCAUGCUGAGGCAGAGAUCCGGGCUCCACAUGCACAAGCAACCACAGCUCCAUCAUUGUUUUGCUCCAAUCACAACACCACCACCAGCAGUUCCAAUUCUCCAGAUCUUUCAAUCCGGCCAUCUCCUAGGCGUCUGCAAAAACCUCGCUCGGGUAUCAUUACUGCCAUUCCUCGAACUCCGUCCACACAACAAUUGUACGAUUUACCUGGACGAACACGCACGGGGGUGACAAAUCCAGAACAUCUUCACACCUUUUCUCCGUUUCGUCGUCGCCUCGUCCACAAAGCUUCUACUUUCAGCCUCAGGAACAAACGUUGGACUCGCGGUCGAUUUUCAACUUCAACGCCGAGGUCACGCGCACAAGAGGCUGCAAGGGAGGAAGAGCGGAUCAAAGAGAGUAUCUUGCUUGACGAAGAAGGAACGGCUAUUGUCGAAGCUACCUAUCAAAGACCACAGGCCAUUCCCUCUGCGCCUGCAGCUGUGACGAUCGCUCAAGGCCAGACCAUUGUCGAUCGACCUGUAAGAGAAAGAGACUGGGAGCGUAACCAAGCCACUCAGGAGAACAUCCACGAUCAGCGGCGCAGCUUCACAAUUACCUCUUCAAUACCCACCAUCCGCCCUGCAUCUACUACUAGCAGCACUCAAACCGAAGUCGAACAAGGCAAAGCUCAACGCAAAGACUCAAGUCGAAGCAAAGUUUCAGGCGCCCGUCAAGACACCACAUCCCUUGGCGAUAGUCAGGACUUGAUCAAGGUUAUGGCAAGCGAACUUUCUGCACCUCCAGUGCCAUACACUCGUCUUAAGGAAAUCACCGAGAGCGCAUGUGAGACCGCUCUUUCUGGCGUGACCUCCUAUUCACAUGCCGACACAGAGUCAUGGAAUACCACGAUAAUCAACAACAUCCUGGGAGCCUUGGUCGCCGAAACCACCCAGCAAUCAACCACGAGUGGCUCCACAUCAGGUCAACCGCAAUUCAAAUAUGUUGUGAACAGCACCAUCAUUCAACACGCUGGAUCUACGGCAUCAGCGACCCCAGGCGAAGAGCCUUCUAAAAAGAUUAGCGGCCGAAGGGGUAUGCACGCUGCCAGCGGUGCCUAUUGGAACAACGAGAAGGAUGGAAUGUGGAGCUUCAAGUACCCUGGUGCAGACAGCAAAGGGUUGGAUGUGGUGGUGGGUGUCAUCUGGGUGUGGGUAGGUUAG